ACGCCCGCGAACCCCCGCAUCGUGUCUCUCCAAGGGCCCGCCCCGCCUUCAACGCCCAGCUCCUCCCGAAUGUCAGUACAAGGGUCUGCCCCGCCCUCGCCGGCCGCAGUCCCAUACCCACGCCCCCGGAGAGUCGCAAGCAGAGCACGGCGAGUCCGGAGAAGGCGAGCAUCGCGAGCCACAUGUUCGACGUAGUCGUGAUAGGAGGCGGCGUCUCAGAGGAAGUUUGGAAGGGAAGAGAGAACAAAAGAGUUAUAAAGCUGUCCUAGAAGACCCAAUGCUGAAGUUUUCAGGACUAUAUCAAGACACCUGUUCUGACCUUUAUGUUACUUGCCAAGCUUUUGCAGAAGGGAAGCCUCUGGCUUUGCCAGUGAGAACAUCCUACAAGGCAUUUAGUACAAGAUGGAACUGGAAUGAAUGGCUCAAGUUGCCCGUGAAGUACCCUGACCUGCCCAGGAAUGCCCAGGUGGCCCUGACCAUAUGGGAUGUGUUUGGACCAGGAAAAGCAGUGCCUGUGGGAGGAACAACAGUGUCACUCUUUGGAAAAUAUGGGGCCUGGAGGCUGCAGACGGCGACCCCAGCGUCCCACCCUAUGACACGGCCCUCAUCUACGACUACGAAGGGGACGGCUCCGUGGCGGGGACGCUGAGCUCCAUCCUGUCCAGCCUGGGUGACAAAGACCAGGACUACGACUACCUCCGAGAAUGGGGUCCCCGCUUCACCCGACUGGCGGACAUGUAUGGCCACUCGUGAGGGCGGCAGGCUGACGGGCCCUGGGGACAGCACCUGGUGGCAGCCCUCCCAGGCCCAGGGAAGGGCGGGGCUCCCUGCUGUGAGCCAAAGAGCUGGGGAGCACCAUCUCCCAGCCAUGGGCACACGUGACCCUGGGGCCCCCACUGGACACCCAAGCACCAAAGGCACAGGUGCUGGGGUCAGAUUCUAGAACCGUGGAGAUGGGGUAGCCAGAAAGAGGUGCCCGUUCGGCCUGCGUGGGGGCCGCGGCCUCGAGGGCCAGCAGCCCCACUCUCAGCUGCUCGGGGCACGGCCGCCCCCCCUCGCACCUCUGCCCCCUCCCCACCUGCUUCUGGAAGGAAGCAGCCCCUUGGGCAACUUUCAACUAAAAGCCUGCUAGUCUUUUCAAGGUGGGCCCUGGUGCCCAGCGCCCCACUGACUUCAGGGGGCCCCUGCAGCCCCUGCUACCACCCCGGGAGGGCUUCCCGCAGUCGGCCGGCAGGGGAGCUCCCAGCCUCACACCACCCCCCAGUUCUGAGCCCAGGGGAGGGCUUCUUGCCCUACUCAGGGUGCCCCAACUUGGGGUGGGGACGCUAAAGCCUGGUGGUGAGCCCAGAGGGCAGAGAGUGGACGCAGACUGCUGGGGGCCCAGUGCAGAGCAAGGACCAGGGCGAGACCCUGGAAUUCCCAAAACACCUUUAUCCCCCCACCCACGGGCAUGGCCGGGAGUCGAUGCCCCUCUCAGCAGGGUCCCCUUCCGGCUCGGGGGGGGGGGCACUGGGGGGCGGCAGCAGGGGCAGCUGGUCCUGCGGGGGCCGCACAGGCCGUGGGCGUCGGGCAGGCGCUGGGGCAGCAGCAGGCCGCGGAGCAGCGCCAGGACGGCACAGGCUGCCAAGAGCACGCGGUGCAGGAAGAAGCCGCGAUGGCCGUGGACGGCGGCCGGCACCAGGCCCAGCCCGGCACCCCUGCGGACGGACAGACAGACGGGUGCCCGCCUGGCUCAGCGUCCGCCAUGCAGAGUGGGGGACGUGGGGGGCGAGUGACGCGGGGCAGGGGGCUCAAGGAAAAGAAAUUAGAAAAAAGGAAAGGUUGGGGAAAAGCUGCUCCUUGCCCUGGAACAAGUUUUGUUCCUUACAUUACAAAAACGGAAACCUACUUGCCCCUCGAAUUCUACGUCCUGUGAGCACCCCACACCCCCGACCAGAGCUUUCUUGGGGGGCCCAGGGUCCCCACACCGCCCAGGAGGAGGGCUGAACUUGGAGUGGUGGCAUGAGCACGGGGGUGUCUGCCCCGGCCCCCCCUAACCCAGGGGUCCCGGCGGAGGUGGGGGGCUGCGGCGCUCUCCGGGUCACGGUGGGGAAGAGCUCGGGGGCUAGAGGCCGGGAGCCCCAGAGCGAGGGCGGAGGACAGGGCCCCCCACUCAGCUGCAGCCCCCUGGCCCCACCCUGAGCGGCUCAGCAAGGCCCACCCUGCUGCGGUCGGCACUCAGGGCCCCCACCCCGACGAAUGCCUGCUGUGGCCGUGUUGUAACUCGGCCGGCAUCAUGGCACUGCCUGUGCGAACAGCAGGGUUGCUCCAGCCCCUUCCCACCUCCCACUGUCCAGGGCCCUUGAGGGGUCCCGUCACCCAGGAGGAGAGGCCUGCCCCCCACCCAAGCACAGAGCCCACUGGGGACCCCACUGCACCCUCCUCCGACUUCCUGCCCCCCCAACUCUGUGCCCAGUGAUGGAGUCCAGGCUGCCCUGUUGGGUCAGGGCUCUGUCUGUCCCCAUCAAAUAGGAUCUUCUGCCCUUCUGGCUCUUUGGGCCUCAGUUUCCCCAAGCACACAACAUGGGAGAUGGAUGGGGCAAAAGGAACAACAGCUGCCCAGCCACCUCCCCCUGCCAGGCCCGCCGGGGCUCACACUGGGUCCCGGUGGGGAGCAGCAGGGACGCCAGGCCAGUGGCCAUGGUGCUCAGCAGCGGGACUGGCGGCAGCCCCAGCAAUCCGCCGUCAGGAGCAGGAACACCGUGGCCACCGCCUCCAGGCUGGUGUCCAGGGAGUAGGGCAGUAGAAGGACGGCUCCCGUGGGGCCAGAACAUCAAGGAAGCAGGGUCCCCCACCGCCUUCCCCCUUCCCCUCCUCACGAACUGAAUCCCAGGAUGAGCCCGUUCUGCCAGGUGAUGCGGGUGUGCAGGAGCCCCAGGACGGAGCAGUGCUGGGGCUUGAGGCUCCCUACAGACGGCAGGUCCAGCUCUGUGGCCACAGGGACACGAGGGCUGGGGGCAGGGGUCAGGGUGGGGCCGGCCUGGGUCCAUGCACCCUCCUCCCUCCUGGAGCACCGGGGUCUCCCGCCCCUGGCUGCAGCCCUACCCACCGCCAGGGAGUUCCCUCCCGAGGAGCAGCUGUUCUCCGGGUCCACACCGCUGGCUUCCGCAAAGUGCAGAGUCUUCCCGGUUCGUGCCGGCUGCCCCGUGGCCAGCAGCCAGCAGGGGGACUCAGGAAACAGGGCUGGGAGCCUGCCAGGGUGGGUGAGGGUGGCUCGCAGCCCCUAAGCUGCCCCUCUCCCCUGGCCUCCUCCCCGGACCUGGAGGGGCAGGACCUCACCUGCCCCUGUCCCACGGCAGCCCUGGCCUGGCUCCUGCCACUCACCCCCAAAAGAGCAGCAGGAGGCCCGUCCCCAGGCACACAGCCCUUGCAGAAGGCAUCAAUCCUGGGCGAGCGCGGCCAGGCCGGGCAGCAGCAGUGUGCUGGCCAGGGAGAAGGCCGUGCGGUGCGGGGGUUGCAGAGCUCCAGGCCUGGGGUGGACAUGGGCAGGCUGAGCUGAGGCCACUGUGCCCACUGCUGCUUGUCCCCAUACCUGGGCCUGCCAGCAAACCCCAGGGCCGCAGAGCCACCAGCAGCCGCCACCCCCUCCUCGAGAGGCCUGAGGACCCGUCCUCAGUGGCACCCCCACGGCCCACCGGCAGUGCUCGCGAGCCAUGUAGAGGGCGAGGAGGGCCCCUGACAGGGCGGUCCCCAGCAGCAGCCGCAGGGCCGGCAGUGCGGGGAAGCUGGCACCCAGGGCCGCGCUGGCCCCAGAGACCCCACAAAUGGGCCGGCGGCCAAAACCGCUGGGCAGAGGGGACACAAGGGGCCUCAGACACUCUGAAGUUUCACCCUCCUCACCCCAUGCAGGGCCUGGGGCCUGGGCUGGGGGAGGGCCGCACCUCACCAGUCACACAUGACGCCCAGGAGGACACAGCCCAGCAGCCUGCCCAAGAGGUGAGUCGUCUGCUCAGUGGCACCUUCCAGGCGUCCUCACAUGUCACGUUCCACUGUGUGAGGCACAGGCCACCUGUCACCUGUCGGCCAGUCCAGGCCUCCUGGGCCCAGGACCUUCCUUCCCAAUUGCUGGGAUGGAGAGAUGCAAGGAACCCCAAAGUGCCAGGCUGGGAGGGUCUCUAGAUGUCCUGCUCUGCCCCCUGGAGAGAAGGGGAAACUGAGGCUCGGAUAGGUUGAGGGGCCUGGGUGAGGUCCCACAGUGAGGCUUCCUGACAGGUCAUCUGAGGCCCCCAGGUGACCUGGGGUUCCCAGGAAACCUGGAUGUCAGACCAAGUCUGGUCAGGGACCCCCCACCCCAAGGUUUCUGCUUUUCCCUAGUCAGGGUCUGACCCCUCUAGCUACCCCCCCGUCCUGCUGGCUCUGGCCUUAAUUUCUACCAGUUGUGCCCAGAGAGCAGGACACACAGGGCCUUGUGGCUUUAUAAACACGGCACAUCCAUCCCCGCCAGGGGACUCUGGCUCCAAGCCAAGACUGAGACACCCCUCCCUCCACCGCCCUCCUGCCAGCAGGGCCCUGUGGGUUUCAAGAGGGACUCCGGGAAUGGCCCUGAGGGGGUGCUCAGACGCUUCCUGGCCCCAGCCCUCAAGCUCAGCUCUGCCCCCCCUCCCCGCCCCGCCCGGGCCCCACGACGCCGGCUGCUCCUCCGCGGCGCCCGGCCACCAGGUGCGAAGCCCGAGGACGCCAGCUCUGGCGCGCCGGGCUGCCGGGGAGCGCGAGGGUCGCCGCCGGGGUCCGGACCGGAGGACGGGCGCUCCCCGGGCUGGGAGACUUCGGUCAGCUCGGCGCCCCCGAGGCGCGCGUCCCCUCUCUACAUCGCACCGCCCUCCCGCCGACGUCCCCGAGCGCUGGCGUCCGCGCAACGGGCGGCAGAACCCCCGAAAGCCCGGGGAGGCUCGGCUGUCGCGGGCCCCUCCCGCCGCGCCGGCCGCUCACCUGGGACAUCUGCGGCCGGAAGUUGAUGUCCUUGAGGUCGAUGGAGCCGGGGGAGAGGUUGUGCAGCAGCUGGCACAGCAGGACGCCGUCGCGCAGUGUCUGGGCCAGGUCGAAGACCACCGCCGAGGACCACACGAGCCGGUGAUUGGGAGGCAGGACCUUGCAGUCGAUGAGCCAGCGGCCGCACCACUGCUCCAUGGCGCCCGCGCAGGGCAGGGCUCGGGCCAAAGUGCGGCGGCCGAGGGCAUCCCGCCCGCCCGCGCGGGGCUCGGCGGCCGGGGCGGGGCCUCGCGGGCGGCCCGGGGUCCGGCGGCGCCGCCGCGCUUCCCUCCGCCUCCGGCUCCGGCUGGUCUUCCGGCUCGCGGGUCGCCGCUCCCGCCCACGUGCGGGCGCCGGGUGCCCCCUUCACACACACAAGUCCCCCCGGGCCCCGGGCCGGGCUCCACACCGCCCGCCCCGCCGGGCGCCGCAUUCUGCGCUCGGGGCGCCCCGCGGCCGCCGCCGCUCCUGCCCCGCCCGGAGACAAAGGCCCGGCGGGUCGCUCGCUCCGCGCCUCCCGCGCCCCGGCCGGCCGCGCCGCCUCCGCCUCGCUUUGUUCGCCGCGCCCGCGGACUCCGCGCUCCACGCCUGGCGCUCCGACUCGGCGGCUCCGGGACGCAGGGGGCGGGGGGGGCGCGGCCAGGGCGGAGGGCGGGGCCCGGCGGGGGCGGGGCCGCUGGUCCUGGCCCCGCCCCGCCCCGCCCCCCAGUUCCUGUCCCCCCGCGGGUGCCCGCGAAAGUUGCGGAGGGCGGGGGCCGCGGCGCAGCGGGAGUCCGGCCGAGGGGGGGGACUCUGGGGGAGGCCCCGGGCCCGGGACGUGCGGCCCGGCCUGUGGUCGCCCGGCGAUGGCCGGGUCGCUGUCCCUGCGCCCGCCUCGUGGCGCGCGGGAGCUCGCGGUGGAGUCUGGAGGUGGCCCCUGUCCCGCCCGGCGCCCCCGCAUGCCCCUUCGGGAAGGGGCGCUGGGCUGGGCCGAGCCCUCCAGCGCCGAGCCCUCCAGCGCCCCCUCAGUCCCGCAUGGGCCCGGAGCGCCCCCAGAGACUUUUUCGGGUCCUCCCCGCUGAAUCAAAAUGGAUUGAUUUUGACUGUGACAGACAUGUAGCCAUGUCAAUCACCCUUCUCUAUAUUUGA